GAAAUAUGGAGUAACACAACAUCAUAUUUCUACGAAAUUAUGUGAACUUUGUAUUAAGAUUGUGGAAAAUUUCGCGCUUCUCCCGCAAAUUUUUUUUUAUGAAAACGCUCAACUAAGGUGCACUCUAGCCAUUUUUAUUAAUUUGAUGGCCCUAGCUGGGGAGCUUAAUAGCGUCCCGUAACCAAAAAUAAAAUACAUCGGUACGCCACUGGAGCCAGAGUUUUAUCUACGCCCACCGAGAGCUAUAAAUUUAAAUGGACUUGUGAUGACACAUUUCUUGAUAACGUUAUUGAUGCUAGAUAUGGACGUAAGUGAUGUAACACUUGUUAAAAUCGAACCAAAACAAGAAGAAGAAAUCGAUUCUGAUCUUCAAAGUAACAUUUUGGUAAGCAAUGCAGCAUUGGUUACAGUAAAGGAAGAAAUUACCAUUACUGCACAGUGCUCCAAAUUGCUCAAUAAUGAGGAAGUACAAACUGAUUGUGGAUGGAAUAUUAAAACUCAAAUUGAGUGUGACUUUGGUCAACACACAACAAAUAGGGAUUAUGGAACAAAGAAUAAACAAUUGCUGCAACGUAAUGUGCUACUAUGUGCCAACUGUGAUUACAAGACGCAUUUGAAAUACAACUUAAAACGACACCUUUUAUCACAUAUUGAUUCUAUUGAUUUUAAAUGUGCUAAUUGUGAUUAUAAGACAAGUAGUAAAUCCUACUUUAAAAGACACCUUUUAAAACAUACCGAUUUUAAUAAUUUUAAAUGUGCUAAAUGUAAUUACGAGACAAAUAACAAAAACCACUUUAAACAACACGUUUUAAAACACUCCGAUUCUAAAGAUUUUAAGUGUGCCAAGUGUAAUUUUGAGACAAACUACAAAAAAGCUUUUAAACGUCACAUUUUAAGACAUACCGAUUCUAAAGAUUUUAAAUGUAGUAGAUGCAGUUACGAGACGAGCAACAGGUACCACCUUAAACAACACCUUUUACUACAUACCGAUUCUAACGAUUUUAAAUGCGCUAAGUGUAAUUACCAGACAAAAUACAAAACGAACUUUAAACGACAUCUUUUAAAACAUAAAGUUUCUAAAGAUUUUAAAUGUACUCAUUGUGAUUAUGAGACACAUCUCAACUACUGUCUUAAAAGACACCUUUUGAAACAUAAGGUCUCCAAAGAUUUUAAAUGUGCUCAUUGCGAUUUUGAGACGCAUUACAAAUCCUCCCUUAAACAACAUCUUUUAACGCACUCGUUAAAUUAAAUAUUAAUUCUGUACUUGCUUUGUAGUGGUUUCG